CUCUCACCUUAUUUCCUUGCCCGCCCAGAGCUUCCCUCUGGUGCUUCUCCCCUCUUUUCUUUCUUCCAUGGGCUUUUGUCUCUUUCAUCAAUUCACUUCCCAGCUCUUCACUUCAUCCCCUCCCCUUUCUGGUUUCAGCUGUCACCUGAGGUUGGCGGAACUGUCGUGCCGGUCCGUGGAGCGAGCCGGAAUGUCGGGCGGGCGGACCGGUUGCUGUAAAUAUGGUGGAACUGUACUUCCUUUUCGCGUUGUCUUUGCUUUGUUUAUGGAUCCGACACAUUUAUCGCAAACAAUUCGUCGAUCCAGAACCUGCUGCCACUGGGGCUGAGGAUCAGACGGCCCAGAGGCGGGGGACGGCGACUUUGCUGGUCAUCGCUCACCCUGACGACGAGUGCAUGUUUUUCGCGCCAGCCGUGCUACGCUUAGCGGCCCGUGGACCCUUCUACCUGCUCUGUCUCUCCACAGGGAACUUCUAUAAUCAAGGGGAAGUUCGUAAGAAGGAACUACUGCAGAGCUGUGUUGUCCUUGGAAUCCCUUCAUCCUGUGUAACCAUUUUGGAUCACAGAGAUCUUCCAGACGAUCCAGGAGUGCAGUGGGACCCAGAGAUUAUAGCGCCUCUUAUCCUCAGACACAUAAAAAUGCAUGAUAUCAACCUGGUGAUGACGUUUGAUAAAGAUGGAGUGAGUGGACAUGCUAACCACACUUCUGUUUACUAUGCUGUCAGUUUCAAAAUAACAAUAAAGGAAAAGGGCCCGAAGCAAAAGUUUGGGCACCCUGCAUGGAGACUUUGCUCAGCAAGGAAACUGCCCAAUGAGUGCCAGGCUCUCGUACUCGAAUCUAUAAACAUUCUCCGGAAGUAUAUCUCCAUCUUGGAUCUUCCAAUCAGCUGGUUAAGACCUCACUAUAUGAUUUAUAUAUUACAAAGACAGGAGUAUCAACAGGCCAAGGCAGCGAUGUAUUGUCAUCAAAGUCAGCUGUUGUGGUUCCGUUGCUUCUACCUGCAGUUUUCUCGUUACAUGGUUAUAAACACUUUCCAUUUACUUUCACAUUGAUGACAAUGGUGUGUGUGGUGGUCCAUUCAUUCGUCAAAUUGUUCAAGGUCAGUUUUCCAAGGAAAAGGCCAUUUCCUGACAAUCUGAUUACACAACUGGAUAAAAUACUAUUAGCCCUAUGUGCUGCCAUUAUAUUUCCACAAAAUUUCAACUGAAAUCAUGACAACAAAGAAUUGGUCAUCCACAUUACGCAGUUGUGUCCUCCAUUCUAUUUUAUUUAUUGAUCCAGUUGCUUUUUAUUGGGCUAAAAUAUGAAGAAUGCUGUACAGAAGCUAAAUAGGAUCUCAGGUUUUUUCAGGUGGCUGUUGUGCUUAUAAUUUCCAAUUCCCAUCUAUCCCAACCAAAUUCCCAUUUUCUUAUCAAGAAUCUAUCAGCCUCUGCCUUAAAAAUAGCCAAAAAUUCAUCUUGCACCACCUUUUGAAGAAGAGUUGUAAAGGCUCACAAGUCUUGGAGAGGAAAAUCUUGUUUCAUCUCUAUCUUAACUGGGUGGCCCCUUUAAUGGUUUGGAUGAGAAUGUUGUUGGCCUGGUCAGUAAAUUUACAGAUGACACCAAUAUUUUUGGUGCAGUGAGCAGAAAAGAAGAUUACAACAGGAUCUAGAUCAACUGAAAGAAUAAGCCAUGGAACGGCAGCUGGAAUGUAACUUGGACAAAUGCAAAGUGUUGUAUUUUGAGAAAUUAAACCAGGGUAGGACUUAGACAGUAAAUGGCAGGGCUCGGAGAGUGCUGUAGAAUGCAGAGACCUUCAUGUACAUGCACAUACAGGUGGCCCUCUUUCCCAACAUUCGCUUUAUGACACUUUGCUUUUACGAAAGACCUACAUUAAUACCUGUUUUUGCUGACCCACAGAGGAAAAAAAAGACAACUGCUUUAAACAUGUGUUUACCUCGAGAAAGACUACCAUGACCAUGAAGCCUUGUGCGGGCAGUUGUGUGCGCAUGUGUGUACGUGCAUGCAUGCCGAUUUUUUUCUACAUAUCGGUUUUGGCUGGCUGUCAUCCCUAUUAACUACACUGUUCAUACAAUAUUUCUACUUUAUAUAGGCUGUGUAUUUAUCAUAUCAUUCCUGCUUUUACUGUAUGUUUGUGUUAUUUUAGGUUUUAUGUGUUAUUUGGUAUGAUUUGGUAGGUUAUUUUUUGGGUCUGGGGAUGCUCAAAAAAUUUUCCCGUAUAAAUAAAUGGUAAUUGCUUCUUCGCUUUACACAACUUCAGCUUACAAACAGUUUCAUAGGAACGCUCUACUUUCGGAUAGCAGGGGAAACCUGUACUUCAAUAAAAGUGAAACAUAGGUAGACAAGGUUGUGAAGAAAGCAUUUGUCACACUGGCCUUCAUCAGUCAGGACACUGAGAACAAGCGUUGGAAUGAAAUGUUACAAUUGCACAUAAUUUUGAUGAGAUCACACUUACUUGCAGGUCUGGUUACCUAUGGGAAGGAUAUCAUUAAUUAAGAAAGGUUUCAGGAAUGUUUCACAAGGACAUUAAUAUGGUGAGAGGGGUUGAGUUAUGAGAGACUUUUUCGCCUGGAAUAUAGAAGGCUCAGAAAUGACGUUAUAUACAUUUAUAACAUCAUAAGGGACUGAGGUAAGGUGAAUGGUCAUAGUCUAUUUCCCAAGAGAGUGGGGUCAAAAACUUGACACACAGAUAUAAGGUGAGAGGGGAAAGAUUUACAAGGGAUCUGAGGGGUAGGUUUUUCACACAGCAGGUGAUAGGUAUAUGGAACAAACUGCUAGAGGUAGUAGUUGUGGGUGCAAACAUAAAGUUUAAAAGACAUUUAGACAGGUAUAUAGAUAGGAAGACUUUAGAGGGAUGUGGGCAAAUGGGACCAGCUUAGGUAGGCAACUUGAUUGGAUGGGAUUUGUUGGGUUGUAAGGCCUGAUUUCCUGCUGUCUGUCCCUCCUAAUUUUGAACACCUCAAUUAGAUCUGCUUUCCCUUAAAUGGUCCAGCACAUCAUACCAGUUAUACUGUUGAUUUGAUCACAUUCAUUGCUUUCAAUAACAGUUUGCAACAGUUAGGAUUUACGAGCACAAACAAAGUGAAGAUUUGUUCUGUGGUGCCUACCUUGUAGCGCUGGAACCAUGAGAUCCUAAUCAGUUUCAUUGCACAAAUUCUGCAGCUAAAUGAAAAUUCAUUAUGUUGAGCACAGACAUAAAAGCCUGUACCUGUGUUGUACUGUAUAUAUCCAUUGACCUAGAAUCAUGAUAAUGUGAUGAGAAGAAGGUCUGAUCUAUGAAGUAUCCCUCUCUCAUCAAUUUCUUGUCCCUUAAGGUUGGAGACACUCCUUUGGUUGGUAGAACUUGUAAGAAACAAUGAAUUGUCAGUCCCCCUAUAUAAUGAAUUGUUGGUAACCCUUUUAACCAGCUAAAUUCAUAAACUGAAUCUUUCAAUCAUAACUAAAUUGUUAGAACUGAAUUAAAGCUUUGACAAACACAAGAUUAGAAAAGCCAACAGGAUACCCUGUUCCUUGCAUUAGUCACUGACAUCUUUAUCCUCUUACAGUUUGUAGAUUUAACAUUGAUAGUGUUACUUUUUCAACCUUUAAUUGGAGCUAAAUCAAAAUUCAAAAGAAUUCCUCAAUGAAAGAUUGCUUUCUGCACAGUGGAAAGUAUGCUCAGUGGCCACUUUAUUAGGUAUUAGGUACCCAUGUGCACCUUGCUAAUUCCAAUUUAACCAGCCAAUCAAGUGGCAGCAACUCAAUGCAUAAAAGCAUGCAGACAUGGUCAAGAAGUUCAAUUGGUGUUCAGACCAAACAUCAGAAUUGGGAAUAAAUGUCAUCUGAUUGAUUUUGAGUGUGGAAUGAUUGUUGCUGUCAGGCAGGGUGGUUUGAAUAUCUUAGAAAUUGCUGAUCUCCUGAAAUUUUCAUGCACAAGUCUCAAGAGUUCACAAGAAUGGUGUGGAAAACAAAAAAAAACUUACAGUGAUUGGCUGUUCUGUGGGUGAAAACACCUUUUCAAUGAGAGGUCAGAGAAGAAUGGCCAGAUUUGUUCAAACUGACAGGAAGGUGACUGUAACUCAUAUAACCACACGUUACGUCGGAGUGCAGAAGAGCACAACAUGUGGAACCUCGAAGUGAAUGGGCUACAGUACCAAAAGACCACAAACAUACACUCAGAGGCCACUUUAUUAGUACAGGAGGUACCAAAUAAAGUGGCCACAGAGUGUAUACUGACUCAUUGUAUCACAGCCUGGUAUGGAAACCCUAAUACCCUUCUAUGGAAAAGCCAACGAAAAACAGAUACAACCCAGUCUAUUACAGAAAAAACCCAUCCCACCAUUGACCACAUCUAUAAUCCAUCAUCAAGGACCCCCACGAGCAGCUCUCUUCUUGCUGUUGCCAUCAGGAAGGAGGUACAGGAGUUUCAGGUCCCACAUCACCAGGACCAAGAACAAUUAUUACCCUCAACCAUUAGGCUCCUGAACCAGCAUGGAUAACUUCACCCACCACAACUCUGAAGUGACUUCACAACUUAUGGACUCACUUUCAAGGAUUCGACAACUCAUGUUCACAAUAUUAUUUAUUAUUAUUAUUAUUUACUUUUUUGAUUUUGCAGAGUUUGUCUUUUGCAGAUUGGUUGUCAGUUUGUAGUGCUUCACUGAUUCUAUUAUAUUUCUUUGUUCUACUGUGAAUUCCUGCUAGAAAAUGAAUCUCAGGGUAGUAUAUGGUACAUAGGGUUCAUAUAAGUACUUUGAUAAUAAAUUUACUUUGAAGUUUGAA